UUUUAUUCUUUUAACCUAGACUAGCAUCAAACAUUACACACGACUUAGAGGAAAAAGGUUUUCUUUCCCUCUUGAAGGAACCAAACUGGUGUUGUCUCUGAUCUUCUACACCGUAACCGUGCACGUACAACGAAGAGAUGUCCAGUACUGCAUCCCAAAUUAUGCUCAACCAGAAUUUGUUUGAGGAUCAAGAUUUGUCAUCGCAACUUGGAUUUUUCCCCAUCCAUUCGAACUUCACCUCUUUUCAAUUGGGGUGCAGUCAAUCCCUUAAAACUCUUGCCAUGUUACCUCCUUCUCUUGCAGUAGAUGGAACAAUUGCCAUUUCUGAGUCCUUUGCCCAAAAACAAAAGGAAGAAAUACCACCUCAACUUGCAGGAUCCCAAUUUUUUUCUUCGCAAAGAUCCACUCCGAAUUACUGUAAUAGGGCAUGGGGAGGAAUGAACGAUACCAUGAGCAUCAAGAGAAGUGGAGGGGAAGACUAUCUCGGGGUUUCGGCAAUGAAGAUGAAGAAGAUUAAGGCAAGAAGAAAGGUAAGAGAGCCCAGGUUUUGCUUCAAGACCAUGAGUGAUAUAGAUGUCUUGGACGAUGGUUACAAGUGGAGAAAAUAUGGCCAGAAAGUAGUGAAAAACACCCAACAUCCUAGGAGCUAUUAUCGUUGCACUCAGGAUAACUGUCGUGUGAAGAAACGCGUGGAACGACUUGCGGAGGAUCCAAGAAUGGUGAUAACCACAUAUGAAGGGAGGCACAUACAUUCACCAUCACAGGAUGAGGAUGAUUCUCAAGCUUCAUCUCAAUUCACUAAUUUCUUCUGGUAGUAUGAAGAAGAUCAAUUGGUUUAUGCUUUUUGCUUUUCAAUACUUUGAAUGUUGACAAUAAACCCGCUAUAUAGUUUAGAACCUUGCUAUUUGUGCACGGGCGGUUGACACGUCUGUGUACACUCCCCUCACAAGAGGGGGGCCCAUGUUUUUUUUUUUUAUUGGGCGUGGACCCUCCUCUUGUGAGGGGAGUGUACCCGGGCUUGUCAACUGCCCGUGUACGAAUAGCAAAAUUCUAUAGUUUACGAAGCAUAUAUCUUUGUGUUACAUUUCUAAGCCCUUGUUUUAACGGGCGUACGUACAAACAUCUUACCAGAAUAUUACAUAUACGAGCUUGUUUGGUAAUUGAGAGUAUGCAGUACUAGAUAGUAUUACGAAGAAAAAAAAUAAUGAUAAUAAUUUGAAUCUCGUUUAUACCAUACCAUCUAUCUAGUACUGCAUACCAAUUUGCCAAACAUGCAGUCGUGAAUCUGUUGUUUAAAUUA